GCGAGCUGUCUGCAUCCCAGUCUCGCGGCUACUUCGCCCGCGGUUAGUCGCGGACGCGCGUCAACGUGUCACGCUAUUGUCGGUGUUUAGUUGUGCAAAUAAUUGACUGUUAAACCGUGAAAUACAUACAAAUCUAACACCAUGGAUCCCGAAGCCUUCUUGGACCUGGCCAACCAGGUCAUUAAACUAAAAAUGUACCCAUAUUUCGACAUAGCACACUCUCUAUUAUGCGCUCUUGCAGUCAGAGAGGAUUUGGGAUCCGGCGCUCAGGCGUUCUCCAGGAAGCACCCCCUGUCUUGCUGGCUGUCCACUAUGCUGGUGAUCUUCGCGGGCGGCAUGGUGGUCAACGGGCUCCUCGGGGAGCCCAUGCUGGCGCCGCUCAAGAACACGCCACAGCUUGUCAUUGGAACCGUCACAUGGUACCUAGUAUUCUACACGCCUUUCGACGUUGGUUAUAAAGUGGCCAAGUUUCUACCAGUGAAGGUAGUAGCUUCUGCCAUGAAAGAAAUCUACCGCGCCAAGAAAGUGUACGACGGAGUCAGCCAUGCCGCCAAGCUGUACCCUAACGCUUAUGUCAUCAUGAUCAUUGUUGGUACCCUGAAAGGCAACGGCGCAGGCUUUACCAAGUUGGUAGAGCGUCUCAUCCGCGGUGCCUGGACACCCACUGCUAUGGAGACCAUGCAGCCCAGCUUCUACACUAAAGCCUCCUUGGUUGCGUCCAUUAUCUUCGUGCUGGACAAGAAGACUGACCUCAUUUCUGCGCCGCACGCUCUCGUGUACUUCGGCAUAGUGAUAUUCUUCGUUUACUUCAAGCUGUCAUCAAUUCUCCUGGGCAUCCAUGAUCCCUUCGUGCCAUUCGAGAACCUGUUCUGUGCGUUGUUCCUCGGCGGCAUCUGGGACUCACUGGCCAAGCUCCUGGGCAAGGGCCAGCCUAAAGAGGAGACCAAGGAUGCUAAGAAAACUAAUUAACCAAGCCCAUAGGUCGCAUUUUAUAAUCUGCUAUAUUUGCGCUACGUAAUCAACAGACACCGACAAUACAAAAUGCGAUGGGCUAAUGGAUAAGUAUUAAUAAUACUACAAAAAAUUAAAAAAUCAAAAAAAUAGUAAAACCCUUAAAUCCUAAAAAAAUGGCACAACGACCAAAGUUUGAUUUCAUUAGUUUUAAGAUCCACUAGUCGUAAUGUUACAAGUAUAUUAUAUGUUUUGUUAUUGACGUGCAUGGUAAGAGUUUUCGUUACUCUAGGGGAGUGUAGUUGAUAUUAUUUAGUUAUUCAGUUCCUAAGAUAUAUUUGCCAAAAAAAAUGUGAUACAUGUAGUAAUUAUCCACCUAUGUAUCAACUAUAAACUUGCCAUAAUAAUUAAAAAUACCUACCAAUAUUACAAUGUAAGCAUAAUAAAAUAAUAAUUUUACUUCGGUAGUACUUAAACAAUACCAGUGUUCCCUGAGUGAGAAAAAAAAUAAAACCAUCGAGCAUUAUAAUUUUAUUUUUAUAUUUUAGUUCGCGAAACGAAAAUCGACUAAGCCGACUUCCUUUACAUGAAACACAAAUCGGGAAAAUGGCUACCUUUUCCCGCGCAUUUUAACUCAUGACUUAUGAAUAUUCUGACCGAUUCGCAUCGCAUGGGUGCACGCGAUGAGGGACAUUUUAUUCGUCUAUAAUUAUUUAUAUCAUUAAAAAUAAAAAAUACAUCAUGUAUUACUAUUUAUUAGGACAAUUAAAAUUGUGAUUUUAAAAGAAAGGUCUGACCGAGUUGCGGGGUGCAUUGCAACGAGGGACACAUCUUUCACUGACGUUAAAAAUAUGCUAAACUACAUGACACAAUUAUAAAUUCAUUCAAUGAUAUCUGGGUAUGCUAAAGGAAGCAAUAAAUUGUUUUUUAUUAAA